CUGUAGCAGGGGUCCUACCUUUGCCCAUCAUUGCAAAAAAACAGUAAGUGUCGUUGAAUUCGGACUAUCUUGGAUGGUUUCGCAUUGUGGACGAUAGAUAUAACCUGGCAUACCAGCAUUGCCUCAAACCUUCGUCUCCCUCUCAAUCAUACAUAAAGGAACAUACCCAAUCUUAUCGACCGUCGCUUUUUGCUGCUACUACACAAGCCAGAUUAGUUUGGUUACCCGCUGCAAUGGAUAACUAUGACUACCCGUCGCCGGCCAAUUCUUUUCCUUAUAUGUACCACGAGUCCGAAUCACGAUUAGAGUCAUCCGCAUCAGCAAGCCCGAUGGACUCUACAUAUAUAACAUAUCCAGGCAUAGAUCCGAGCUUUGAGCAUGGCGAUGUCUCCGGAGAGUCAACCCCGUCAGAGACGUCGCAAUCAAAUCAAAAGCCCAAACGCAAGCGCGAGAACAGAUAUAAAAACGCACCACCGUCAGUUCUAUCUCGUCGGAGGGCUCAAAACCGCGCUUCUCAGAGGGCUUAUAGAGAAAGGAAGGACCAACGCAUUAAGGAUCUCGAAGACCUCCUGCAAGAAGCCCACCAAAGGAACGAUGUCUUGAGCCAAGCAUACACAUCACUACAAUCCGAAUACAUGCAGUUGAAGACAGAACAGGAUAUGGCCACGGCAGCUCAGUAUCACCAGUCGCUCGGCUUGGGCUUCGACCCCACCAUGGUUACACCUUCAACUGUGCAGGUAGAGGGGGUCGAUAUGGACUUAUACUUGUGUGAUAAUGGGACGGUCUACAACAUGUGAUGUUGUCUGGGAUUUGGACAACCUGGGAGAUUCUCUCGACUGCCAUGAUUUAGGAUUUCACGGUGAAAAUGACUGCAUGGGAAUCCGGCAAUGGACACUAAUACGGAGUUGGUACAAUGUUUUCGGAUGGCGCCAGGAGUUCAUCGACUCGCAGCUAGCUCUGCCAUUGGUAUGGGGUUCAAAAUUUGGACAUUUGACAAUGA